AUGGCCCUUUGCAGUUCCAAUUUCAUGAUAACCGGCAGGUACGCCAGGAGGAUGCGAUACGCAGAUGGGUUUCCCUGUGUCAUGAGAAUCUGGACCGCUGCUGCGAAUAACUUGGUGGGAGAGGCAGGUAAUCUACCGUUUGCGACCUUUCCUCAUCUACCCCUGACAUACAAGGCGCUUGACUACUUGACCACUGACAUGCUCCCCGUUGUUGGCAUUGGAUGGGCUCAUGUUCCGGAUGCAAACCCCGGUUCGCCUAUUCCAGAGGGAACACUUCUGAGCCAAGUCGAAGAUACUGCACUCUACGCUACUCGGGUCGUCGGGAAAGUGUCUUCGUGCGAGGUAUCGGCAUCCAUUUCGCCCGAGCGGUGGAAAGAAGCUUGGAAACAGGUAGUUCAUAGGCACCCCAUUCUCCGGACAAUCAUGGUCGAAAGUCCCUUUUGUUGGAUAGUCACGUCGCUAGGACCUCACCAGUAG